AUGAAGAUAGAAACUUGGAAUGUUAGGGGGUUUAAUAAGAUCUUCAAGCAUAAAGAGUAUUUGAAGGUCAGGAAUAAUGUGCACUUUGAUAUUAUUGCUAUUAUUGAACAUAGAGUUAGCUUAGAUAAUGUUAGUAAUAUAAUAAAGAAGAUUGCCUUUGGAUGUCAUUGGAAGCAUAACUAUAACACUGAUGGAAGAGGCAGAAUAUGGCUGCUAUGGAACCCUACCAAUGUCAAUGUUACAGUGUUGCAGACAACUAAUCAGUUUAUCCAUUGUAUGGCUGAGACAGUUAAUGGUUGUUUGAGGCUCGAGUUCACUGCUAUUUAUAGUUUGCACACUAUAGAGGAUAGGAAAGGACUAUGGAGUGGGUUGGAGGCCAUGGCACCACCGAUCUGUAAUCCUUGGCUCAUCAUGGGUGAUUUCAAUGCUAUAUUAAAGGGGGAGGAUAGGAUUGGUAGACCAGUGAUUGAUGCUGAAACUAAAGACUUUGCCCAUUUCCUGGAUAAUUAUGGUGUGACUGAACUUAAAAUAGUGGGACGGUUCUUCACAUGGACUAAUAUUCAUGUGCAUAGUAAGAUUGAUAUAGCCUUGGUUAAUGCAAAUUGGUUAAACAAGUGGACUCAGUUGGAGGCAGUGGCGCAUGACCCUUAUUUCUCAGAUCAUUCCCUCCUAACUGUCACUAUUGAAGAGUACCACGGGAGACAAGCUACGCCAUUCAAAUUCCUAAAUUGUUUAGCUGGCCACCAAGACUUUAACACUAUUAUUGAGGAUAUAUGGUCAGUUCAUGUCCAAGGCAGUCAUACAGAGAGAGUUUGGAAGAUGAAGAAGCUGAAUACCAAAGAGUUCUCAAAGGUGGAGUUCAAAGUGAGAAGUGCUAGGCAACAACUUCAUGAUAUACAACUGCAGUUGAGGACUACCUUUGAUGACCCUCAAUUGUAUGAUAGAGAGAAGGCUCUUAAAGGUGAAUUGGAGAAAUGGAGCAUGAUUGAGGAGAGUAUUAUGAAGCAAAAUGUCAAAAACAGAAUCAGCACCAACCAUAUUAAUAGGCUUGUGUCAGAGAAUGGUACAAUUGUUCAGGAUGCUGAGGGAAUAGAGAAAGAGGUGGUGGCAUUCUACUCAAAACUGUUUGGUUCCAGGGAAGAUUCCUUAAAAGCCAUAGAUCCUAGAGUAAUGUCCAAUGGGCCUAAACUGGAUAGGGCACAACAACUGAAGCUUGUGGAGCCAAUUUCUACAGAGGAGAUAGUUGAAGGGUUACAAGGGAUAUAA